UUAAAUAAAAACAGCAAAAUUCCAUGUUUUGCCGCAGUGUUCAAGGCCAGAAUACAAAGACUUAAAUCAGCAAACAGCUGUGCCGGCAAUAACAAAAGUCUACGACAAUAAGCAUAAACAUGGCCACUCUUCCGCCGCGUAAGAAUCAAACGCCUACAAGGAUUGGCAUAUCCAAACAGACACCACUCCAGACCCUGCUUCAAAUGGGAUUUCCCAGACAUAGAGCGGAAAAGGCAUUGGCAUCGACGGGUAAUCGUGGUGUUCAAAUUGCUUCGGACUGGCUACUGGCCCAUGUGAAUGAUUCUUCUUUGGAUGAGUGUACACCACGGGAGUAUAUCAUAUACGCUUGUCCAACAGGACCAUUUCUCCAACAGCUGGAGGAGUUCUGGGCAAAAUCGCGCCAGAUGUGUGGCUGGAAUGGUGCCCACAACUAUGUGCCGCACAUAACGUUGGUGUCCUUCUUCAAGGCACCGGAUGAAUGCUCAUUGCAGCUAUCCAAGGCUCUCAAGCAAGUGGUGGACAUGACGGGAGCUCUAUUGGAUCGCCCUUUGAAACUGGAACCGUAUAUGAGCCAGAACUUUAUGGGCUUCUUUGUGGCCGAAGAGGAUGCCAAUUAUUUGAAACGCCUGGCGCUGCAAUACGUCAAGGAGGUUUCCAAUUCAACCAUCUCACUCGAGCCACACGUAAAGAGCCUGCACCUGACGCUCGCCUACCAGUUCCCGCAGGCACAAUUCAAUGCACUGAAAGCACUUGUGGAAACACUUGACGCCGGCUGCGCCUCCAACUGGGAACUGCGCUUAUAUUCACGCGAUCCACGCCUCGCCACCAAACAAGUGCAAAAAGUUGUCUAUCCACACAAUCCACAUGAAACGGAUGAGCUAGAGCUGCGCAUAGGCGACUUUAUAUACUUAAAUAGUGACGUUGUCGAUAGCUCCAGUGACGGCUGGGCAGAGGGCAUCUCUUGGCUUACCGGAAGCACUGGACAUUUGCCUGUUAACUACACAGAGCGCACAGCAGAAUCGGACGCUUGGACAUUGCAUCGGGUUGUGCAGCUGUCAAAAAGUGUUGCCUCCUCUUUAACUUCAGCCGAAGAUCUAGACAUUGUAGACGGUCGGAGUAUAUCCACAGAGCCAGAGGAAAGACAUCGGGAAUUACAACAAAGCUCAACACAUCCAGAGAUCAUUGAGGGCUCAUCAUUCGAGGAGUCGGAGCAGAGCGUGGAAAAGUAUUUGCAUCAAACAUUGAAGCCCUGCUUGGAGCUUCCGUCGGUGCAGUUGCUCAACAAUCACAAUUUAAGCCAUCAGCAUAAUCCUCAUACGCCCACAAUUGAAAUUACCACCAAUAUGUCUUCCAGCUCAACAUCAGUGUCCAAGCAAGGUGUGGACGAAAUAAUGGUAGAGCCGCCACUUGUGCAGCCACCGCGUCCAGAUGACACCCUUAGUGUUCAUUCAGAUCACAAUUCGCUGCAGUUAGAUAGCUCACAGGCUAAAAAUCGUAAAAUUUACAUCAUGCGGCAUGGAGAACGUGUUGAUUUUACAUUUGGCACUUGGAUACCCUACUGCUUUGAUGAGUUUGGCAACUACAUGAGAAAGGAUCUCAAUAUGCCGAAAUCUUUGCCGCGGCGAAAGAACAGCCCAGAGGGAUGGCAAAAUGAUUCACCACUAACCAAUGUGGGACUCUACCAAGCCCGGCUUAUCGGCGAGGCAUUGCUAGAGUCAAAGGUGCAGAUCGAUCAUAUCUAUUGUUCGCCUUCGUAUCGCUGCAUACAGACUUGCACCAGUGCUUUGGAGGGAUUGAAAUUGUCGGGCAAGCACAAGAUAAAGCUAGAGCCGGGCAUGUUCGAGUGGAUGGCCUGGUAUCCAAAUGGAGUGCCCGAUUUUCUGACCAAAAGUGAACUGACCGAGGCUAAAUAUAACAUCGAUCAGGAAUACGAGCCCGUGCAGUCGACCAUGGAUCUAACCGCUCAGCUUAAAGAGUCCACCGAACAAUUUUAUACACGAAACCAUGAUGUGCUGCUGCAGCUACUCGAGCGAACCACUGGAAAUAUUCUUGUGGUGGCCCAUGCAACUACCCUGGACACUUGCUCUCGCCAGCUAACUGGUGGAUCUGCUCGGAGCACUAAUGAGCUGCGUCAAGUUAUACAUAAGAUUCCUUACUGCAGUCUGGCAACCGUGGAACAGGUGGAUGGCGUGUGGAAGCUGGUGGAGCCUGAAUGUCUACCAGUGACACAUUCGAAGAAUCCGCGUUUUGAGUGGAAUGCUCUAUCGACCACCUAGUGCCAGUGUUUAGAGCAGUUUCUCUGCAAGCAUUGAGACUGAUUGAUCGAAUGAACGACUUUACACACACACACACACACAAACACACAACACACACCUUAUGCUGAUUGCUUAGGUUUACUUUGUUACUCAAAAGUGUAUCCAGUUACUGCCAUAUAAAUUGAAAUCUAUGUAGAUACAGUUAUAUACACAGCGCGCUGGUUUAUAUGCUUAUUUAAGCAUUCUAUAUAUAAAGGUACACUUGACGCGUUUAUACUCGAUUUUGAUAUAUAUACAUGAUGAUAAAGGACACAUAUAUACAAACAUACAAACAAACCAUUAUUAUGCUGCAUGCUUUUGCCAUUAACCCAGUGUGUUUAAGCGAUUUCUUUUGCAUAGCGACCUAUAUAGCAGAUACAUACAUAUAUCUAUACUUAUACAAAAAAACACGUACAUAUAUAAUUAAUUAUGGAGCCAUUGCUCGCUGCUUUAAUCUACUUUAGCUUGGCCUGUUAUUAGAUUAGUUCGUUUGUUAGCCUAGUUUUUAUUAGCCUUUGCUGCGUAACGCAGUCUUAUUUACAUUUACCAAUACAAACACAUACAAGAGGCCGAAAUCUCAACAGACAAGAGAUAACCCAAUACGUAAAAACUCUAUUAGAGAUAUCAAAUUAGUCUUAGAAGUACAAAACUCUGAUGUAGCAACGCACAACAACAACAAUUAUGGAACAAUAAUAAAGAUUAAAUAUACAUACAU